GCAGACAGCAGGAGUGAGGAAGUGAGUGUGUGUGGAGAAACAACGGGAGUGAGUAAGGCCGGGUGUGUGUAGACAGCAGGAGGGAGGAAGUGUGUGUGGAGAGACAGCAGUAGUGAGGAAGUGAGUGUGUGUGGAGAGACUAGCAGUAGUGAGGCAGUGAGUGUGUGUGGAGAGACAGCAGAAGUGAGGCAGUGAGUGUGUGUGGAGAGACAGCAGAAGUGUGUGUGUGUGCACUGCAGAGACUAGCAGUAGUGAGGACGCUGGUGAUGCGCUUGUUUUUGGCUUGUUUUUCACUCAUCAGUAGCGGGGGGGUUUUUAUGUUAGAGUUGGCAACACUGCCUGGACUGCCAUCUCCUUCUUCUGGGCCUGGGGAAAAGAAGAGUAUUAAACAUGAAGGUGAUAAUCCUGGCUGCUGGUUACGGCACAAGGCUUCUUAAAGAUUUGCAUAAAGCGAACCAAGAAGCAUUUAGAACUCUUAUUGGUAUCCCCAAGCCAUUACUUCCCAUUGGAGGGCUUCCUCUGAUUUCUUAUUGGAUAGAGGCCUUCAGAGCAAUAGAGGACACAACAGGCAUUUUUGUCAUUACCAAUGACAUCUAUUACAAUAAAUUCAAAGAAUGGGUGGAAAACUACCCAUGUGUCACAUUAAUUAGUGACGGAACUACCAAUAAUGAGGAGCGUUUAGGUGCUGUCUCUUGCCUCCAGCUGAUUAUUGAGCAGUUUACAAUUGGUGAUCAGGUCAUUGUCAUUGGAGGGGAUACCAUAUUUUAUGAGGAUUUUCAUCUACAGGAUGUUAUCAGGAAAUACAAAACACUUUACCAAGGUGACAAUGAGGCAAACCUGGUCUUAUCGUACAUUUGCAAGGAAGAAGAAACAAGUAAAUAUGGCAUCUUGGAAACAAAUGAAAGCCAGAGAAUCACAGCUGUAAAGGAAAAGCCACCGGCCACGGAUACAGCAUCAAGACAAGCAUGUCCUUGUUUUUACGUGUUCUCUAAACACACUCUACCAUUUGUACAACAGUUCCUGACUGAAAAAAAGGAAUCACCAAUAGAUGAAAAAGAUGCUCCAGGUCACUUUCUGUCUUGGCUUGUGACAAGGAAACCAGUUUAUAUUUACCCAAUAUCUGGCCGCUUCGAUGUUGGAAACUUGGAGUCCUACAUAACCUGCAAUCAAUAUUUUCAAGAGAAGAUAAAAAAUGUACCAAAUUAUCUUCAGUGACCAAGUGUAAAAUGUUUCCAGUGGAUCCAACGCCAAUAUACAAAAUACCAGACCGGUCAUUUUUUUCCAUUUUCUGGGAAUUUGUGCAAUACUAGUAAUCUGUGUCUUUUUCAUAAAAGAUUAUAUUCAGGAUUAAGGCCCAGACUUAUCAAAGGAGAGAGAGAAAGAGAGAGAGAGAGAGAGAGAGGAGAAAUAAAGAACCAACCAAUCAGCUCCUGUCACUUUAGAGCAGUGGUUCUCAAACUCGGUCCUCAGGACCCCACACAGUUCAUGUUUUCCUGGUCACCUAGCAGGUGCACAGGUGUAUUCAUUACUCACUGACCCAUUUUAAAAGGAUGCACAGGUGGAGCCUAUUAUUUAUUAGUGAUUUUGUGAGGAGACCUGGAAAACAUGCACUGUGUGUGGUGCUGAGGGCAGAGUUUAAGAACCUGUGAUUUAGAGACUGUUUGAAAAAUGACAGAAGCUGAUUGGUUGGUACUUUAUUUCUCCUUCCACUUUCUCUCUCUCCAUGCUAUGAUAAAUCUGGGCCUAUGAUAUUAAAAUAGGUUUCAGAAAACAAAUGUAUUUAUCAAAUGAUUUUUAUUAAAUGUAAAAUCAUUACAAUAAAAUUAAAUUUCUUUGCAAACAUCA